AUGACAAACCCACAAGACAACCCUGGAACUCCUCCACAUCCCACUCCCUCUAAUUCAUCUACCUCUCCUCCACCUAGCACGACUCCCAAACCCAGGCUGAGAAGGGUAAAAAUGUUGGCUCGAAAGAUAUUAGCUUCUGGGGCUUUCUCGAGGAAAUUGAAUGAGCAAUUAAAGGCAAAAAAUGUUGAAGAGAGUGGCAAGAAGUUAAGGGGAAGUAGUUCUGGUGAAGUUGCUGAAGGGUUAGUUAAUUUAAGAGCACAGGGAGAUGAACUCGGUUCAUCAACUGAAGAGACCCUAGCAGACCUAUUAAAAAAGGUAGGGGCAAGUUACGAUCAAAAGAAAAUGAGAACUGCCACACCAAAAUCCCCCAGUGCUCCUAAACCCUCCAAGAAAAGAAAGACUUCAUCUCCCACAACUACUGAAACUUCCUUGCCAAAGGGAAGAUCCACAAGAAACAGGGUGAAACAUAGUGAGAGUGAUCUACAAAAGGCUCUGGCUGAAAAUCCAUCAGGAGGAAGUUACAACAGUGGAGGUUCAGACCCCCAAGCCCAAAAGGCCCAAGAUUCUUCCAAGAAGUCUUCCUCUGUGUCUGAGGCUAUUGAACCCUCAUUGGCCAAGAGGACAAGGUCUGUAGUGAAAAGUAAACAAGUUAGAGUUUCUGAAGAGAAGGAAUGGAGUGGUGAAGAAGAAAGUGAGUCUGAUGGUGAACAAGACAAGCUGGCCAAGUUUGGCAAGAGAAAAAUUUUGAAGGGUAAAUUGCUGAAAGACCUGGUGGAACCAGGAAUGAUGAUAUUGGUGGAUGCCUUAGCUGCUUAG